AUGAAAACCCUCAACUUCAUAACCGGUAACAAGAACAAGCUCAGCGAGGUUCGCGCCAUCCUCGGCGAAACUGUUGUCGUCGAUAACAAGUCUGUCGAUGUCCCCGAAAUACAAGGGACUAUUGAAGAGAUUGCAAAGGAGAAGUGUCGGAGGGCCGCCGAUGCGGUCGGAGGCCCAGUCUUGACAGAGGAUACUGCGCUUGAAUUUCACGCGUACAAAGGCCUUCCAGGCCCAUACAUCAAAUCAUUCCUCGAAGCCCUAGGACAUGAAGGUCUUAACAAAAUGCUCGAUUCCUUCGAUGAUCGUUCCGCAGAGGCAGUAUGUACAUUUGCUUUCUCGAAUGGACCUGGUGAAGAACCCCUGAUCUUCCAGGGGAGGACUUUGGGGAAGAUUGUUUCCGCUCGAGGACCGCCAAACUUUGGCUGGGAUCCCAUCUUCGAGUACGAGGGUAAAACAUAUGCGGAGAUGGAGAAAGAGGAGAAGAACAAGAUAUCCCACCGCUACAAAGCCCUCAUGAAAUUGAAAGCAUGGUUGGUUGAGAAUGAGGCGGGUUCAAGCUCAUAA